AAAAUUGCAGUGUCCAAAAAGAUCGAUAGCUUUAGAAAAAUUUUUAAAGAAAAUAUUUAGUUUUUAGUUUUUCAAAACUAAAAGGCAUAACUUAAACUAUUAUUUAGAGUUUUAUACAAUAUCAUUUAAUUGAAGCUAGAUUUUGCGGCUACCAUAUUGUGUAUGAAAAUGCGCUAUGACAGCUUUCCCAGAAUAAAUGUCCAGGUUUUAAUUAUAUUAAUUUCAUUAUGCACAACUCAAAUCUUGGCUGAUAUAGGCGAUCCUUAUAAAAUUCUGGGAGUGUCAAGACAAGCUACAACUCAGGAAAUUCGAAGAGCUUAUAAGCAAUUGGCUAAAGAAUGGCAUCCUGAUAAAUCUGCAAAUCCUGACGCGGAAAAGAGAUUCGUUGAAAUAAAACAAGCUUAUGAGCUUUUAUCAGAUUCAGAACGAAGACGAGUUUAUGACCAGCAUGGUAUAACUAAUGAAGACUCGCAUAUGUUUCGUCAACGACAUGAUUAUAGCCAGUAUGGGAGAUUUGCAACUGACCCAUUUGAAGAAUUUUUUGGACAUCAUUUUCAUUUUGAUCAAGAUAUAAGUUUAUACCACAAAUUGUCCAUAACCACAAAAUAUUUUGAUCAAAAUAUCAUUCCAAAAAGUUCAACGGUGCCACAUAUAUUAAUGUUUUAUACAGAUUGGUGCUUUAGAUGUAUUCGAGCUGUUGGUGCCUUUAAAAAAAUGAUAGACACAUUGGAACCUUUAGGUGUCAAUUUUGCAACAGUUAAUGCUGCUCAUGAACAACCUUUAUUGCGCAAAAUAGGCAUUGAUGAAGUACCAAGUAUGGCAUUAAUUUUGAACGGACAUGGAUAUAUUUACAAAGAAAAUGUGUAUAAUGUUCAAAAAGUUGUCGACUUUAUUCGGAGAAAACUUCCGUAUCGACUUAUUCAAGGUUUAAACGAUGGAACAUUAAAUGAUUUUUUGGAAAGUUGGAUGGAUAAUCGUGCGCGAGCACUUGUAAUGGAACCUAGAGACCAACCUAGACUCAGAUACUUAAUAGCUGCAUAUGCCUUUCGUUAUCGUGUAGCUUUUGGGUUCGUCCAGUUGAAUUCACCAGAAACCAAAGAAAUUCAGGAGCGCUUUAAAGUUCAUCCAAGUCUGGAUACUCUUUUAAUAUUUAACGAAGACUCAACCCGGGCAGUGGCAAGUGUUUCGAUGUCAGAUAUCCCAACGCAAACUUUAAACAAUGUGAUUUCCGCAAACCAAUAUUUAGCUUUACCUCGGCUUUCAUCACAAGAAAUGUUAGAAGGCGUAUGUCCAGCUGAAUGGAAUAGACCUAGAAAGCGUUUAUGUGUAAUCCUCGUUACAGAAAAUACUGAUGCGCAUAACUAUGCGAGACAUGCUUUAAGGCAAAUUGCUUUGCAAAGUGGUUACAGUUCCGAAAGAGUUAGAUUUGCCUACAUAUUUCAAGACAAACAAUCAGAUUUUAUUAGCGCUUUAUCAAAAGGAUCUUCAGAUGACACUUUAUUGAGAUUAGUAAUAAUUUGGCGAAGGGAUACAUCUCAUAUUAAAUAUGAAUGGGUUACUGGCACACGACUAAGUAUUCAAAAGCGGGAAAAUGAGUCCGACGAACAAACAUUUAAUCAUACUAAACAAAAACUGGAUGACACAAUACAAAGGCUUCUGAGAGCUUCAGAAGCGUUAAGUUAUGAAGCGUUAGUUAAGGAUUUGUUAGAUGAACACGCUCAAGGGGCUUUGGGGAAAGUACUGAACAAAUUACUUUUCUUUGUGGAUUAUUUAACAGAUAAUAUUGGUCAAGAACAUAUACUUCCUGCGCUUUCUGUUUUAGCUACUAUAGCAUUCAUGUUUUUAGUCGGUUAUUUAAUGGUUUAUUUAGUUAGAUUGGAAGAAGAAAACUUAAAACGCAAAGGAAAAUUGGAUACUAAUAACGUUUUAAAAAAAGCUUAUCAACUUUUUUAUUUUGACAAAAAGUUGGGAUCAUACGUACCGGAAUUAAAAUUACAUGAGUUAAGGGCUGAAAAAUACAAUGGUAUGGUUCGACUAUUAAAGCCAGGGUGUCGAACAAUAAUAUUAGUAACAGAUUUGCAAUCUCGUCCAAAAUUAAUACCCGGAUUUCAUAAGGCUGUUUGGCCUUAUCGUAAAAAUAAAACUUUAUUAUUCGGACAUAUGCUGAUUGAAAAGGGAUUGAGUUGGUAUGCAGAGUUACUAAGAUUAUCGUUAUCAGAAUCGCGUGACUUACAAAUUAAUCCCCGUAAUUGCAUUGGUACUGUUAUCGCUUUGAAUGGUCACAGGAAAUAUUUCUGCAUGUAUCAUGCAAAACAUCCAGAAUCCAAACGUGGUGCCAAAAGAAUGUUAAAAAUGACGCGUCGGUUGACAAGACGGAAUGAUGAUCCAGAAGCAGGAGCUUUUCUCGGUAUGGACAGCGCAUCUGACGAUUCUGAUACAAGUGAAUUUGAAUCAAAAAUACUUCUUGAAGAAAACUUAUUAGACGGUUUAAGUAAUUGGUUAGAUCGCUUAUUUGAAGGCACAACACAUCGAUAUUAUAUAAAUUAUUGGCCAGAUUUCCCUACAAAAUAAAAAAAAUUGUAACCCUCGCUCGAAAAUAUCAAAAAGGCAAUUUAAUCUGAAAAUAAAUAAAAUGAAAUGAAAACGUUUUAAAGAUACAUUUUUUUAAGCGAGUAAUACUAAAAUUUCUUUUUAUAUGUGUAAGAAAUGCCUUUAAAAUUUUUCAAAUAACAGUAAUUAUACAGAUAGGAAAAUAAUUGUUUUGAAAAAUUUGUUAUUGCUUUAAUUUUUGUAUUAAUACAAAAAAGGAGAAAAAGAACUAAUAAUUUAAAAUGAUAAAAUUAUUAUUAUAAUUUAACUAUUUAAAGGUUGUCGUUACCUGUAUUUUAUUUUUUUAUUUUUAUUAAAGUUGAGGAGGACAAACUUACAUUUAAUUUAAUGCUAUGAUAUCAAAGUUAUUGUGUAUUGAUAUUUUUGUUUAUAAAAUUUAUUUCACUUUUGGGAAAAUUGUAAUUGUUAUAGAAACGUAUUAUUACACGAUAUAUUAAACUAAUUGGCCGAUUAGGUUUUGAAGCAUUUGCACUUCCUGAUCUUAUUCAUAUUUUAUUUGCUAUCGAAAUUUAAACUAAUUUUAAUAAUUGCGAAAUUUUGUUUUUUCUUUGUUUCAAUAUAAUAUCUAAAUUAAUAUAAUAACAUUUUCAAUUUGAUCAUGAUAAUUAUAAUUGUAGAGCACACAAUUAUAAAAUUUAGAAUAAUAUUAAAUAUCAGGGAUGUAAUCGACUUCAAAAUCGCCUUGCCAAAAUAUAUUUUAAGUAUUUUGUUACCUCUAGUCAUAUUCAAAUUAUAUCUAAAAUUAACUUAUUUUUUGUUAUAUCUAUUUAUUUUAAUUAUAAAUAAAUAAAAUUUUCCUGACUUGAGAAUUUUUAGGAAUAAAAAUAUAUUUUUUAAUAGAGAAGUUUUAGAUCAAUUGAAAUUUUUAAGUGUAUUUUCAAUAAAGAGUUUUGUAGUUUAGAAAAAUAAUUUUUUUAUUGAUAUGUUUUACUAAAAUUCAGAUAUUGCAUUAAUAUAUCGGAUUUUACAUAAGUACAGAUUUGUUUUAUAUUAUCAUAACACUUUUAAAAGUAUUAAAAUCAUUUUAGCAAAUAUAAUUUUAUGCAAAUUGAAUUGUAAUUAUAAAAAAAAUUAAGUUUCGUGGUUAUAGUACGUAUUUCAGAAUUACACUUGUAAUUUUAUGUUGACCAUAAAAUUUUACCACUUAAUUCUAAUAUUUCGAAUUAUAGCAUUUCAUCGAAUUCGUUUUAAAUAAAAUAUAAUUCAAAAUUCUAUGAUUUUAAAAUAGGAUUAUUUUAAAUCAGUUUCUUCUUUAAUUUUGGAAAUGAAAGCAGAAAAAAACAAUAUCUUGCAAGAAAAUUCGAAAUUAAGGUUAUUUUAAAUACUUAUAUUACAUAAAAAUUUAAAUAUAAUAUUUUUAAAGCACAACUAAAAUUUACUAUAAUAAAAUAUAAACUUACAAAAAAAUUAUUUUCAAGAAUAAAAUUGGAAAGAGGAAGAUAAAAAUUGGCAUCCAAAAAUAAAAUUAUAAUUCAGUUUAUUUAUUAACCAAAACCUGAAAAUUAUAUUUAUAAAUAUAAUAAUGAUUACAAAAAUUUUAUUCAUAUUUUGAAAACUACUCAGCUGAAAAUUGUACCAAAAAUUUUAUUAUAUAAAAGAAUUAUAAUGUUUUAAUAGGUUAUUACAAAUGAAUAUAAAAUAAAUAUACGUAGAUUAGAAUAUUUAUUAUUAAUAGAAAAAAAUAUAUUCGACACUUUUAAUUAUCUUUUUUUAUUUUAGUAAGAAUAUAGCCAAUUACUGAAAUAUCUUUUUUUUAAAUAGCUUAUAGUAAAUUUCAUUUUAUUAGAUUAGAAACAAUAAGUGCAUUAAAAAUCAAACAAGAAAAAAAUUAUAGAUUUGCGAACAUUUUAUUAUAUUCAAUACUUGCUUAGACUCUUGCCAUUUUACUCUUAUUUGUUUAGUUUAAAGAACAAUUUUGUACUUUUGGCUUAAAAUCCAUAUACAUUUUUGAAUUGAUAAAUAUUUUGCCAUUUCUUAUUCAAUAUACAAUUUAUAUUUUUUUGCUAUAAAACUUGUACUUGCCAAUUACAUUUGAUAAAUUGAUUUCAAAGUCGCAAAUCGCUAUUUCAUUCUUUAUUUUUCUUAUUUUACAAAAGCUUUAAGCUUUUGAUUAUUGCGAUUAUUGCAAUGUUUCUAAUAACCA